UGGUUGCUAUGUUUAGUUUCCUCAGAAAUCUACGCUGUUGUCAAUGAGCUGGUGCUUGACACGGAAGUUACUCGCUGUAGUUGCUGAUGAAUCUCCCAGAGUGAGAAACUUCCCUCACUCACAGAAGAGAGAUCAGAAGAGUCACAUCCAUUCUUGGAGCACAGCAGGUCGAGAUUUACAAGGACAAGUGCAGAUACCCACCUGUCAAGAAUGAUCAAGGACCACCGUGCAACAAUAUGAACUAAACAACCCUAGUUCACAGCUAGGGUUAACUCUCUUUGUCUAUCAAAGAAUACCAUCAGUUGGUUUGUGGAUGUUGUGACAAUGUAUUCAGGAACUGAGAUGAUUGUACAAAAAUGCGUUCCUGACUGUGAUCAUACUUCUUGUGUGUUGUGUGUUCAACUUGAUUACUAGACGGUGGAGAACAUCGAUCAGUACAUACUACCAUGGAUAAAGAUACAGAUGUUUUAAUUUCUGACAGCAGUAGAAACAGCCUUGUGGCAAUAUGGCAGCUUCUCACUGACAGUCCUUGCAAGAAAUGUAGUUUAGUCCUCGGUUUUGGAGUGAUUUUGAUAACUGUGAUAACCUUGGUGGUAGUGUUCACACAUCAGCCUACAGGCCCGUCUGAUGACAUAUGUCCAGCUACUCCCUCGGUCACAUUCACCUACAACCCUCAUGGUGCUGAUGGUCCCCUACACUGGAGCCACCUGGCUCCUGAGACGCGGUGCUGUGCCGGCUCCAUCCAGUCCCCAUUGACAUCAAGACCCAGAGUCUCCACUGUCGAGGUUUUACUGCCAUCACCUACCAGGGCAGCCAGACAGGUGCCCUGGGUGGAAGCAUCAGUUCCACAGGCCAGGGAGCUGUUCUCGCCUUCUCUAAGCAGCACCAACUGGUGACGAGACUUCUGCCUGAGGUCACCAAUGACUAUGUCCUUGACUCUAUGCACUUCCACUGCCCCUCGGAACAUCACGUGGACGGCAAACCCAUGUCUGGAGAGAUGCACCUGGUUCACUACAAGAAGCAGUACGGCAGUUUUGGAGCUGCUGUUGCCAAGCAGGAUGGAUUAGCAGUCAUUGGUAUAUUUCUGGAGGAAGGACCAUCUUCAAACAACUCGGCAUUCAACUCAUUCUCAGAUGGGGUACAAAAGCUGAACAACAACGGAACUGGUAUCUCAGUGACCCUGGAUCCUCGGCAACUGCUGCCCCCUGGUGGCAAGUUCUACACGUACUUCGGCUCGCUGACAACACCAUCGUGUUCUGAGUCCGUCCGAUGGAUCGUGAUGCAGAAACCAGUCAUCACUACCCAGGAGAAGGUGGACAUACUGAGGGACACUGAAGGUGAAAGAUGCAGCUCAUCUCUCAGAUUUCGGUAACGCCAGACCCCUCCAGUCACUGAAAAGUCGAAGAGUGGAUAGCAACACAUGUUAGUUCCUGGGUACCAUAUUCUACAACAACAGGGGUUGUACUGGGUGGGUGUGACACAUUUGAUCUGACACAUUUGAUGGAUGUUGCUUAAU